UGUUCCUCAAGGUUAUUCCUUCUUCCCAUUACACCUGGCCACAGGUGCUACCUAUACUUUGAACAGGAGCUACAAGUCCAGGGACCCCCCAAAUUGUGCACCAGUUCUGUCCAGGGGACUGGUCACCAUUCAGAACUAAAGAUGCAAAAUCCAUGAUACUUGGAGAACUAGAAAUCCACAGCCACUCAAUUUUGUUCGGGUUAAGUUUAAGCCUGUUUCUCCCCAUCAGCCUCCUGGCACAGGGACAAGACCUCAACAGCAUCACUUGGUCAACCUGAAGUUAAGAUAUACAACUAGGCAGCACCAACAUAUUUAUGUUAUCUGAUCCCAUGUUGACAGAUGACCUCCCCCAGCAGCUUCAUAAGGAUGUUAAAUGUUAGGAUGAGAAACAUAAGCCUGUGGCACCCCAUAAAUCAGGAGUACAUUCCUCCCCUUCAACACUAACUAGAAAUGGCUGCGGAGAAAGGAAGAGAACCACUGAAACACUGUACCUCCCGUAUCUAAUCCCCGCAGUCAGUCCAAAAUACCAUGAUUGAUAGUAUUAAAAGCCACUGAGAGAUCAAGGAGAACUAGGACAAUUUCACCACCAUCAUUCUGGUUCUGAUAGAGGUCAUAAACAAACACAAUCAGUACCACCUCUGUACUAUGUCCUGUCCUGAACCCCAACUGAAAAGGGUCCAGAUACUUUGCUUCCUCCAGGGCCUUCUGAAGCUGCAGUCUCACAACCUUCUCAACAACCUUCCCUAAAAAGGAGAGGUUGGAGACUUGAUAGUAGUUGUUGAACACCAUAAAGCUCCAGUGAUGGCUUCUUGAAGAGCGGAUACUGUCAACCUGGGAGUUUAAUCACUCCCAUGUGAUGAGUCAGGUAACAAAAGGUACAGAGCGGAAUCUAUUCAUUAACCACAAUUGUUCAAAAGACAAAACAAAAACAUUAUGGCAUGUAGGUGGAAAAUAGAGAUAGCAACUAGCAUUUAUCAGUUCUGCUGUUCUAGAGUAAAAGAAAUAGAAUCCAUUUCUCCAGCACUUAAUUAAGACUACUGCCUGUGUUGGUAUAAUCACUUAAAAAUCAUCUAAUUGGAAAUGGAGUUGUUGACAAAGGAGGUUUAUUUUUGUUGGUAUUGUCCAUCUUGCAAUGUUAAGCUAUAUGAACAGGUAUGAUUGUGCUACUUUUUACAUUCCUAUAGGAAGGUAUUAUAGCAGGUAUUUUCUUUUGAACCUGUCAAGGAAUCUGAGAGGUACCCAAUUUGUUGCAAGUAUUCUCUUUUACUUAUCAUCUGGCUUCAAUUUAUUUUUCUCUUACUAUUCUUUUGUCAUCUAGUUUCUUCUGUAGGGGACAAACUUUGUGUCACAUUUCUCACUAUUUUGAAUUUCUCACUAUUUUGAAACGGCAGAUUGAGAUGAGGUCCUUGAUUAUAUGGUAAAAUGCCACUGGAGUAUCAGGAUUAAUCUUCCUUACAUGGUUUUCAUAUCUAAAAUUACUACUUGCUACCUAUGUUGUCCGCCACUCCUUGAGCCAAUAAUGAUUUCUAUGAAACAUGAGUUUCAAAAAGUUUUUAUUCUGGGGAAAGAAAUAGUUUUGGAAAGCCAUUAGAAAGACCAAUAAAGCUGUAUUUAUAAAGAAGCUAAGAGUGAUUGGUUUGGAAAAGUAAUGAGACAACUAAAAAUAAAGUGAAGAUCUCUAGGUAUUCAUGGUACUUUCUAAACCUACAGAAGAAUAAAAAUUUGUAUAUGCCUUGAAUGAAAGGAGAACAUCCAGAUACUUAAACCAUGCUGACAAAACCUAUGAAUUACUAGUUCCUACAAGAAGUUCAGGUUGUUGGUUGAGGGGAAGAAGAAACUGCAAUGUAGGAGUUAGGAAAUGAGCAUCUAAGAAAUUACAUGAAACUGUGGAAGUGAUGAUGUGAAACAUGGGUGUAAGCCUCAAACAUGCCAUCUAGUACUAGUACUCUCCCUACUACUGUAAGGGAAGUUCUGAGGGAGGCAGAAAUUGGAGACCCUUGGCUGGUGUUCUGUCAUUAAGAUCACACAAGUGUAAUGCAAACAGACUAAAGGGCUAAGAGUUUACUUUAGGAAAGCUGUACCCCUCCUUCUUAAAGAUAAAUAUCACAAGGUGGUUUACAAAAAUAAAUAUAGGUCAUAAAAUAUGUACAUGUGUACAUCAACUUAUAUACUUGACACUAUUUCUCUGUGUCAAAGAUUAUUUUGGAAGUUUCCACAGCGAAGAGUGCAUGGAAUACAUAAAGUAAUGUAACUAGCAAGUUCCUCCUCUAUUGCAUUGUGUUGUGAUUGUCCAUCAGUGAGCCUGAACGCACUGCCUGUUCUAUUUUGUAAAAAUGAACAAAAUCUCUUAACAUUUGCAGAAGUUGAACUCCUCCCACCCCAAAGCCCUACAAAUCUCGUCCUUUACAAAUACAGCUGGACUAACACAAUGGCAACAUUUGAAUUAAGAGAUUUGCUAAGUAUUGGCACCAUAGACAGUUCCUGUAUUUUGGCUCCUGAAUUUCAAAGUAAUCUUGUGUGAAACUAUAUCAGUACUCUGCUUGAGUUAGGCUGUCAGCUGAUUGCUGCAAAAGAAAUGAUUUCAAAAGAAAUUUGUCAAGGGUAAAAUAAAGAUAUGCCAUUUUAAGCAACACAGGGAUAUGUGCAUGGCAUUUAAAUACAGUUUUUGACGUAGCAGUUAGGUAUCUUUGUUAACUAUGACCCCCAUGUAUAAAUUCAAAUAAGAACAUUUUUUGCUGUACCUGGAGAUUGUUAAGAAAUUACUAGAUCAUGGGAAUAGAGAAUAGGUUUUUAAAUUUUAUUUUGUUAUAAACAGUAAUGGUUUGCUAGCACUGAGAUGUUAUAUUGGUAAUCCUUGCAAUCUCCUUGCACAGUGACACUGGAGGAGGAGAGCCUGUUAGUCUAUAAUGGCAAAAUAUCAGAAGGAAUCUGAUGAAAUAAGCUGCAGCUCACAAAGGUUAUGCCUUCAAUAAAAUCUGUUAGUUGGAAAAGGUGCUGCCAGACUUCUUCUGAUUUUUUGCAUAAUGACCUAGUAUUAUCUCCAUAUUAUAAUUUCUGCCUGAAGGAAAAUUAUUACUGAAAUCCAGAUGCUUUUAAGUCUCCUGGACAAACAUAUAUUCAUGGAUUGAGAUAUUCAAACUCAAAUCCUUGUUUGAGUUUUUAAAAGCCUCAUUUAGAUAAGCAAUAGAAGUCUGUUUGCCAGAGAAUUUGCAGUGGAAGUAGCUAAGGAUGUACAAGUGUAGCAUUUCAAUGCUAAAGGUCUGACAUUAGUAUCUGCUUUCAAGCCUUGUACCUUUCUUUGAACAUCACAUGUAUUUUUUGAGUAACUUGCAUUAUGUCCCUCUCUAGGUACAAUUUUUCCUAUUCUGUUGGCUGGGGGUAAUGGGACAUGUAGACCAAUGCUUCUGGAGGACACCAGGUUGGAAAAGGAGGAGUUCAGUACAGCUUUCCCAGAGAAAAUGUCAACGUCUACCAUGGAAUCCCAGACCCUUGAUGAGAGAGGAAGUUUUUUUAAGCUAAUUGACACAAUUGCUUCAGAAAUCGGAGAGCUGAAACAGGAAAUGGUACACACAGAUCUGGCAUUGGACGAUGGACGCACCAGUUUACCAAGCCUAGAGAAAGAUAUGGGUGAUGUGUGUCCGGAUCAGAAAGAUUUUACAAAUAUCAUACGAGAUUCUGGAUAUGAUAGUCUCCCCAAUAAGCUCAGCAUACUAGAUAAACUUCUUCAUACGCACCCUAUCUGGUUACAGCUUGGCUUAAAUGAUGCUGAAGCAGUGGAAAUUCUACGCUCUCAACCUCCUGGAACUUUCCUUGUUAGAAAGUCCACAAGAAUGCAGAAGAAAGUCUUAUCGUUACGUCUACCGAAUGAUUUUGGAUUUUGUCUCAAAGAGUUUGCAAUAAAAGAAAGCAUCUAUACUUUUUCCUUGGAAGGCUCUGGGAUAAGCUUUGCUGAUCUAUUUAGGCUCAUAGCUUUCUACUGUAUUAGCAGGGAUGUCCUGCCAUUCACCUUGAAGUUACCUCAUGCAAUUGCAACAGCAACAACAGAGUCUGAACUUGAAGAGGCGGCUCAACUGGGACUGAAUUUUUGGAGCUCUCCAGCUAACAACAAACUGCAAAAAUCUUCACCCCUCCAGAAGCCUCUGCCUUCAGACAGCAUUUAUAAAGGCUCCCAGCAGCUCUGCCUCAUAAAUGGAGUUCAUUCUAUAAGAACCAGAACGCCUUCAGAGCUGGAAUGCAGCCAGACCAACGGAGCCCUGUGUUUUAUUAAUCCUCUCUUCUUGAAAGUGCAUAGCCAGGAUGUUGGUGGAAAUCUCAAAAGACCAGGUCCAAAAGCACAAGAUGUGAAUGGCCCUGAGAGGUCCCGUUCUCCCCCACCCAGGCCUCCCCCACCUUCUAUUCAUAGUCUCCUUGCACACCCUCAGCUGUCCAGGACUACAAACCAGACCAGUCUGCCAGAAACUGUCAGUCACAGCAAACACUGGAACUUGGAUGUGAUACAGAAGAGGCCAACUCCUAUCCCACCGCCGCGCCUGAAAAAAAAGGCUCUCUCUUUAGAAGCAGAGAGCAAUGAGAAGAACUCAGCAGUAAAUAAACCCAGCCAUAAUUUGGUGGAUGGCACAGAAGCUGCCAGCAUUCCAGGUGGAGCUCCGCCUCAGCAGAACUUGGAGAGCACAAACAGCUUAGCUGCACACUGUGAGUCACAAGUGCAGUGGAAUGGAGGCAGGCAAAGACUAAGCAACAUGAGCCUGUCCACAUCCUCCUCUGACUCUCUGGAUUUUGAUCGGAGCAUGCCGCUCUUUGCCUAUGACGGGGAUACUAACAGCAGCCUGGAGGAGUUCGAGGGGGAGAGUGACCAGGAAAGCAUGGCACCACCCUUGAAGCCCAAGAAAAAAAGGAACGGCUCAUUUGUACUUCCCAAAAUUGUCAAAUCCCAGUUGAGGAAAAUGAGUGGAGUCUUCAGUUCCUUCAUGACCCCAGAGAAAAGGAUGGUCAAGAAAAUAGCAGAAAUGUCUCAAGACAAGCGUACCUAUUUUGGUUGCCUAGUUCAGGACUAUAUAAGCUUCCUACAGGAGAACAAGGAGUGUCAUGUUUCCAGCACGGACAUGCUUCAAACUAUUCGGCAGUUUAUGACCCAAGUGAAGAGCUAUUUAUCUCAGAGUUCUGAACUGGAUCCCCCCAUUGAAUCGCUGAUUCCGGAAGAUCAAAUAGAUGUGGUAUUAGAGAAGGCCAUGCAUAAAUGCAUCUUGAAACCCCUCAAGGACCAUGUGGAGAUGAUGUUGAAAGAAUUCCAUACAGCCGAUGGCUCGUGGAAGCAGUUGAAAGAGAAUCUUCAACUUGUCCGACAGCGAAAUCCUCAGGAGCUGGGUGUUUUCGUCCCAACACCAGAUUUCGUAGAUGUUGAAAAGAUUAAAGUCAAGUUCAUAGCCAUGCAGAAAAUGUACUCUCCUGAAAAGAAAGUUAUGCUGCUACUAAGAGUGUGCAAACUGAUUUACACUGUGAUGGAAAACAAUUCAGGGAGAAUGUAUGGAGCUGAUGACUUUUUGCCAGUGCUGACCUAUGUUGUGGCUCAGUGUGACAUGCUGGAGUUAGAUGCUGAAAUUGAGUACAUGAUGGAACUGCUGGACCCAUCCUUGCUGCAUGGAGAAGGAGGCUACUAUUUGACAAGUGCAUAUGGAGCACUGUCCUUAAUUAAAAAUUUCCAAGAAGAACAAGCAGCCAGACUGUUGUGUUCAGAAGCCAGAAAUACUCUCAGGCAGUGGCAUAAGCGGAGAACAACGAACAGAACAAUCCCAUCUGUUGAUGAUUUUCAGAACUACCUACGAGUUGCAUUCCAGGAAAUAAACAGUGGCUGCACAGGAAAGACAUUGUUAGUGAGACCAUAUAUUACUACAGAAGAUGUGUGCCAGCUCUGUGCUGAGAAAUUUAAAGUGGAUAAUCCUGACAGCUAUAGCCUGUUUCUUUUUAUUGAUGACACUUGGCAGCAACUGACAGAAGAUACCUAUCCCCAAAAGAUCAAAGCUGAACUGCACAGUCGGCCACAGCCUCAGGUCUUCCAUUUUGUUUAUAAGCGCAUCAACAGUGAUCCUUAUGGGGCUAUAUUCCAGAAUGACAACAGUGACCAAAAUACCUAAAGCUAAUUAUUUUAAUUGUUAUAUAAACUGAUUGGGUGUUGAAAUUAAAUGAUCUGUAUUCUCUAAACCCUACCGGUUAGUAAAAGUAUGAAUUACUAUCAGUGAUUAUACAUAAUCUACAAAAAAAUAAGCAGUCGAGUUUUACAGGCUCUCCAGAAGCAAAGCCACAGCAUUCACCACUUGUAACUCGGCAUCGUGGCUUCUCAGUUGUUCUGCAGUACCAUCACCUGGGUUUUACUCCUAUCUUUUAGUUUAUGCACUAUUUUCAGUUACAUAUGCAGAGGGUCAGACUUCUUUUAAACUAACUGUUAGGUUGACCAUUUAAUCAGUGUAUAUAUGCAUUAUUGUCUGAUGCAGAGCAUCAGUAAAAAUAUGGAUAACAGCCUUCUUUAAAAUAGUUGCUUUAUUCUUAUUUUAUUGAAGGCAACUUUUUUAUAUAUAUUUCAAGAAAUUUUAUAGCAGUUGCAGGUAAACUGUCAUGUCUGUAAAGUAUUUUUUUUAAAUGAUAAAAUAUUCUAUAAUUAUGCAUGUGAUUUUUAACACAAAAUAGAAAAUAAAUCUCUUGCUGGUUUUAGAGUAUGUGACGUUUUUUAUUUGUUUUAAUUAUGUCUUAACAUCUAGCUUUCUAAAAUGUCAAACCACAUUUUUAAAAAGUGAUUUUGUAAGCAGUUUAUUUUGGACAUUGGUUAUUCAGACUUCAGUUAUAAGAAGAUGAGAUUUAUUAACAAAAGGAUUGAACUAUUAAAGCUUGAAAUAAUAUGAAACUGAAUGUUUCACAAUAAUAAUCAGAACAUGACUUCUGAAGUGUGAAAUUAUGGCUUCUUCAGGAAGCAAAGAAUCACAGAAAUUAAACAGCAUUCAACGACAGGAGAAGUGUCUUAAAUAAGAGAUAAUAGUAAGAGAUAAUCCUGGAUAUGAUUUCGAAUCACAUUCUUAAAAAAUAAAUGAUGCCUCCUUUUUUAUGUCUGUAGGAAUAGCAUUCUCUAUAACAGAGAGAAAACAAAACUUUUUGCAUUUGGAAGAGAAAUUCUCCUAUCCUAACUAGGUAACAUGAGCAAUAAAAUCCUCAACUAAAUGCAGAAAGAAUUUGGGAAGUACACACUGCUAUGUCAGAACAAUGACAUUAAAACCCUCGAAGUGUGACAGUUCAGACACUUGCAUAAUAAAUUACUGAAAAUUCUGGAUUAUACAGUACAUCCAUAUUUAUAAUUAUUACUAUACCAUAAUAUUCUGGGGCUACCAAAAAUAAUCUGACCUACGCAUACCAGUAUGUUCUGUUUUUCAAGAUGUGUAUGCUUUACGUUGAUUUGCCGUAUAAUUGUCAGUCCAAUGCAUUUUUGUUUAAUUUAGUAAAUGAUAAAACAAACCACCUCUGCGUUGUAAGGCAGUGGUACCUGAGCUGCAUAAAUCCAGACAACUGCUGGAUAGCAACAAAGAGACAGAACAGUCGACCUCUUUGCUGCCACCUGCUGUCAUCUGGAUUUUUCUAGCCCAGUCUAACGUUGCAAAAUAUAUUUUUCCAGCAAUCCCAUCUGGUCAAUAUGGAUAGGAUGCUGCUGCAAAUUGAUGAAGCUGCUUCCAAAUAAACA